AUGACGCCCUCGGCGAGUAUGUCGUCGAGGCUGGGGGGAAUCGUGACGGAAUAUUCCGGCGCGGCAAAGGGGGCAGUUGGCGUGGGAACGGAGCCAUAUGUCGAUGCAGUCAACGUGGAAGGCGUGGGCGCAGGCCGGCAGCGUGCGGACGUAGUCGUCGUCCUCGAACUCCAGCAGGCACACGGCGCAGUCGUGGAGGAGGCCGCCGCCGCCCUUGCGGGUGAAGAUGGACAGUGGGAUGGCCUUGAUGACGGCCUCGUCGAGGCCGUAAGGGGAGAGGACGCGGAACGCGUCCACUGGAUCGAAGGGGUACGGCGGCGAAUCGAUGUCACCGGCGGAAGCGGAGGGGACGUAGCGUCGGCGGCGGCGACGCCACCGGCGGUAGCGGCGGUAGGCGUGGAUCAGGCGGCGGGAGAGGAGGCGGGAGCGGUGGCGAUGAUGACGACCAUGGCUAUCAGCGGUGGGCUGAAGUCGACCGGCAGCUUCGACGGCGGAGGGGAGGAUGAGUUCGACACCGUCGCCGCCACCUGCGGCGACGGCGACGCCGGCGGCGUCAGGCGAUUUUCGGCUGGGGAUGAGGAGAUAGACGGAGACCGUACGCCCCACCACAGGCUGGCGGGAUCCGGGGCCGGCGCGGGGGAUAGGCGGUGGUGGUGGUGGUAG